AUGGCAAUGGCAAUGCCUUUGAACAUCCCCAAAUGGGUUGAAAAGAAUGCGGACAAGCUGAUUCCGCCGGUCAACAACUAUUGCGUCUACCAUCCGGCCGAUCCACUCACCUCGGGACUGACGGUCAUGGUGGUCGGGGGUCCCAAUGCCCGAACAGACUAUCACAUCAACGAAACCCCUGAGUUCUUCUAUCAACACAAAGGUUCCAUGCUCCUCAAGACUGUCGACACAACUGUCACACCGCACCGAUUCGUCGACAUCCCCAUCCACGAGAACUCGAUCUUCCUACUACCCGGCAACGUGCCGCACAACCCAGUCCGGUUCGCAGACACCAUCGGCGUGGUGCUGGAACUGCCGCGGCCGGCCGACUCAAAAGAUCGACUACGGUGGUAUUGUAAAGGAUGUAAGGAGAUCUUGCACGAGGCGGCUUUUCACUGCGACGACUUGGGAACCCAGGUUAAGGAGGGUGUUUUGGCCUUCGAGGCUUCCAUAAAGGAUAGAACGUGUAAGAAGUGUGGGACGGUGAACCAGUCCAAGCCGGGCCCAGGGGACGUCGAGCAGCCGCCCAGAUUUCCUCCGGAGUAA